CGGUUUGCGGCGCUGCUUCUUUCUCAUGGUGCCAACAUUGACGCGAGAGGCUCCUGUCGCAGAACCCCAGUUCACUGGGCCGUAGCAAAGAAGAAUCACUUCCUAGUGGAACUGCUUCUUGUCUGCGGCGCAGAUAUCAACACCGCAGAUAGUUGGGGAGAAACUCCGCUUGAUCGGGCCGCCCAAUCUGGCGAUGAUGACAUCUCG